CUAUCCAAUUUUUUUUCCGAUUGGUUCCCCGUCCGAUUUUUAAAACAUUGAAGCACCCCAUGUGUUUGUCGUCUCUGGUAUCUUCAUCCUGUGACAUUUAUCUCAAGAUUGGUACUUUAUACCUUCUCCAUUGUCGCUGUCUUCCUCCUACUUCACUGUCGACCCACCCACCUACCCAUUUCCCCACACCCUAAAAGCCUUUUCCUCUAAACCCUUCUAGCUUUACACACAACUUUGUGUUUUUUUUUUCUCUCUUCAUAAAUAUGUAAUCAAGCUAAAUUGUUUUUGUAUUGAAUUUACUUUGAUUAUCGAGUUGUGAUCAAUGGAUUUCGUGGAAUUGGAGGCGAUUGAAGGUCUCCGGUGGUCAUGGAAUUCAUGGCCAUGUUCCAACUCCGAAGCUAAUGCUUUGGUUAUCCCUCUCUCGAUCAUGUCCACUCCGUUGAUGCAAUUCAAUGAGCUUCCACUACUUCCUUACGAUCCUCUCAUCUGCAACCUAUGCGGCGCCGUAUUAAACCCUUAUGCUCGAGUCGAUUACCAGUCUCGGAUCUGGGUUUGCCCCUUCUGCUACCGCAAGAACUCCUUCCCUCGAUCCUAUUCCGGAAUCGGCGAGAACAAUCUUCCUGCCGAGCUUUUUCCCACUUACAGUACUGUGGAGUAUCAAUUGGGUAAGAAAGUUUCCAACUCAAGUUCCAAUUUGAAUAAUUUGAAUAGCAAUUGGGCUCACAAAGUGUCGAACCCAAGUUCCAAUUUGAAUUUGAAUAGCAAUUGGGGUCAUGGGUCGUCGUUGUCAUCGCCUUCUUUAUCGCCGGCUCUGUCAUCGGCUUCGUUGGUUUCGUCGUUCUCGUCUUCUUCGCUGUCGGGUUUGGAUUCGAGAGGGGUUGGGCCGGCUUUUGUGUUUGUUGUGGAUGUUUGUACGCCGGAGGAGGAGCUUAGAGUGCUUAAGAAUGAGUUAUUGCUUGUUGUAUCGCAGUUGCCGGAGAAUGCUUUGGUGGGAUUGGUGACUUUUGAUUCAAUGGUGAGUGUUCAUGAUCUUGGCUUUGCUGAGUGUUUGAGGGUUGUGGUGCUCCAUGGUGAACGUGAGCUCUCGUCGGAUCAGACCAAAAAAUUGCUGGGGAUUCAUCACCUGAAGCAACAACUUGGAAAGGCACUGGCUAAUCAAAAGCAAGGAUUUCUGUUGCCGGUAUCAGAAUGUGAGUUCAAUAUCACCACAUCAAUUGAAGAUAUCCAUACUUCAUCACAGGUCAUACCUGGUCAUCGUCGUCAACGGUCAACAGGCGCUGCAAUAUCAGCUGCUGUUGGACUCCUAGAAGGAUGCUCAAUUAACACAGGUUCACGAAUCUUGGUCUUCACAUCUGGGCCUGGAACUGUUGGCCCUGGGAUGAUUGUAAACUCAGAUUUUGGUCAUUCAAUCAGAACUCACCGAGACCUGAAUAGUGGACACGCAGCUAACUAUAGAAAGUCGAGCCGGUUCUAUAAACAAUUAUCACAGAGGUUAAUGAAUUCAUCUAUUGUUCUUGAUUUGUUUGCUUGUUCUCUUGAUCAAGUUGGAGCAGCUGAGCUAAGUGCUGCUAUCGAGAGCUCAGGUGGAUUCAUGAUGUUAGGGGAAUCAUUUGAAUCAGAGCAAUUCAAAAAAUGCUUGCGCCACUUAUUUAAUCGUGAUGAAGAAGGGAACUUGAAGAUGUGUUUUGAUGUGACUAUCGAGAUAGUGACGACAAAAGACGUGAAAAUCUGUGGAGCCCUUGGUCCCUGUGUUUCACUUCGGAAAAAGAACAGUUCAGUGAGCGAGAAAGAGAUUGGUGAGGGUGGAACCAAUAUUUGGAAGUUAGGUACACUCACCAACAGAACAUGCAUUGCUUUCUUCUUCCAAGUAAGCGAUGAACAGAAAGUACAACCCAGCUCUGCAUUCUUCAUACAGUUCAUUACACGUUACCAACACGGAAAUAUGGGGAUUCGGAAAAGGGUGACCACAGCCGCGAGGAGAUGGGUCGGGAACAACUCACCGGAAAUCACCAGUGGGUUUGAUCAGGAAGCAGCGGCUUCAGUCGUGGCUAGACUUGCCAUCCACAAAGCAGAGAGGGAUCUUGCUCACGAUGUCAUCAGAUGGCUUGAUAAGAUGCUGAUAAGUUUUGCUUCUAAGUUUGGAGAUUAUGUGCCGGAAGAUCCAUCUACAUUCCGUCUAUCAUCCAAUUUCUCGCUAUACCCACAAUUUAUGUAUUACUUGCGGAGAUCACAGUUCAUUGAUGUCUUUAAUAGCAGUCCUGACGAGACAGCUUUUUUCCGGUUGAUGUUAAACCGUGAAGGGGUGGUUGGUUCUCUCAUCAUGAUUCAACCAACUCUUUUCCAAUAUUCUUUUGAUGGCCCUCCUAUUCCAGUUCUCCUUGAUGUUUGCUCUAUCUCCCCGGACGUAAUUUUGCUCUUCGAUUCUUACUUCUAUGUGGUUAUUCACUAUGGUUCUAAGAUUGCUCAGUGGAGGAAACUUGGUUAUGACAAGGAUCCGAACGAUGAGAGUUUCAGAACGCUGAUGGAAGCACCGGAGCUUGACGUGCAGCAACUGGUGGAUGAACGUGUACCAGUGCCGAAGGUUAUAAAAUGUGACCAGCACAGUAGCCAGGCAAGGUUUCUUCUAGCUAAGUUGAAUCCAUCUGUUACGCAGAACUCAAUGUACACAAAUGGUUCUGAGAUUAUAUUCACUGAUGAUGUGAGCUUGCAAGUUUUUAUCGAACACUUGCAGGCUCUGGCGGUGCAGGGUUGAUAGUUUGUUGUAUAGAGUUUCUCUGUUUUCUAGUCAUAUGCAGGCCUCUGUCAAUGGACUGGAUCCAAUUCGAUUAGAAAACAAUCUGAAUUUGAUCUGACAGUAAUCGCUAUUUGGAUUAAUUUGAAUUUGGAUUAUCAGAUUGGAUAUUCCUUAACAGACUGUUUAAAUCUGAUCCGAUGACAGGCCUAAUCAUAUGGAAAUAAUUGAUGUAUAUUGCUUUGGCAGUAUAGGUUGUAGUUUGUCUUUCUGUUAAAAAAAUGUGUACCCUACAAUUGUACAAUGUGAGGCUUUGGUUUUUUCUUAUUAAUUUUUAUUUUUAUUUUUAUUACAGUUAGUUUAA